CUGUAUAUGCAUGCAGAGCAAAAAGUAAAAGUUAAAAGUUAUGUGGCAAAAUGAAAGGGAAGUGAGGAUCCAUCGUAUUUGUAUCUUGCAGGCAGGGUGACCCAUUUCUCUAGUGGGUCCCCUAUCAACCUCUAUAAGUAGUUUUACAUGACCCAUUGGAAGUGACCAGAAAAAUAAAGCAUAAAUAAAUAACAGACCAAUUUGCUUCAUUCUUCUCAAUUCCAAUUGAGAUCGAUUAAUCAAAAACAUGAGAGUUUCACCAAACUCGUGUGAGAGCAGUAGCAGCAACAACAACUCAACCCCCGAAACGACGUCGUUGGAGAAGGGAGGAAAACGACGCAAUAGGGACUCGAACAAGCACCCGGUGUACCGUGGGGUCCGCAUGCGGAACUGGGGGAAAUGGGUGUCGGAAAUCCGCGAGCCGCGGAAGAAAUCUCGUAUUUGGCUCGGCACGUUUUCCAACCCGGAAAUGGCGGCCAGGGCGCACGACGCCGCCGCGCUCACCAUCAAAGGAACCUCCGCCAUCCUCAACUUCCCUCACCUCGCCGCCUCGCUGCCACGACCGGCGUCGCUUGCACCUCGUGAUGUCCAAGCUGCCGCCGCCAAAGCUGCUCAAAUGGAAUUGCCAUUGCCAUUGCCGCUGCCAUCGACGGAGGAGUUGUCGGCGGCGGCGUCGACGGUGGAGCUGAGCGAGAUCAUAGAGCUGCCGAGGUUAGAAACGAGUUAUGAGUUGGUGGGGGAGGAGUUUGUGCAGCUGAUGGACUCGCAUGAUGAUGCUUGGAUGUAUCAGCAGCCGCCGCCGCUAAUGCCGCCGUGGCUGCAUUGUGAUGCUGGUUCUUCUGAUCAUGAUCAUCAGUUUUCAGUGCCGGAGAGUAGUGAGGUUAUAUCAACUUUCGAGACUUUGAUGUGGAAUUAUUAAGUUCUCUUUUUUUAUUUUUUUUGUUAUUGGUUUUGUAAUUACUGGUAUUAAUUAUUAUUAUUCAAGCUUGAUCGUUAUGCGAUCGAGUUCAAGAAAAUCACGAGCUAUAUAUAUAUAUAUGUAUGGCCUGGAUCCAGACUCUGCGGUGCUAAGGAAUCCUAUCCUAAAUUGAUUAUAUUAUGGGGUCUAGAGUCACUCAUCAAGAUUCCUAGUUUCUGAUGUCUACUUGAAAUUUCAAAUCGGGGGAAUAUAUAUGUGGAGUCUAAGUCUUAUUCCAAUGAUUCAACACUCCCAAAACUAAAUCCAUUCAAUUUUAAAUAUUCACUAACUGCGGUCUGCGGGAAUGUGAAUUUUUGGGUUCCUAGCAAUGAAUUUAUCAACACUGACUUUUUA